AUGGAACAAGGAUUUUAUUCCUUAAGAUUGGGGGAGCAAUAUGAUCAUUUCAAUAACAUGCACCAUGCAGAGGAUCGGUUCAGUAAUAUGCAGCAUGCAGUCAAUCUUGCUGCCUUGAAUUCUCCUCCUUUUGCUGGGAUUGUGGAGUAUGACACUGAUUUAGAGAACAGUGAUCUAGAGGACAAUAAUUUAGAGGACAGAUAUUUGGACAAUCUUGGACCAAAUGAAUAUAGCGGAAGAAAAAAACUUGGGGAUAAAGGGUUGAGACUUGAGAGAAACAGAAAGACACGUCUUAAAAGACCAAGUCUCAUUCAAAACAAAAAACUUGGUGAUCAAUACAAGUUGGAAGUCAGUACAGGAAAAAAAAACAUCCAAGGAGAAGAGAUGUCAUAUACUCCAAGGAAAAAAAAACUUCCAAGGAGUAUUCAAUUUCUUCCCGAUGAAAUCAUUACGAAUAUAUUAUCUAGGUUAACAGCAAAAGACAUUGCUCGCUUAAGAUAUGUAUGCAAGUUGUGGUACACGUUAUGUAGUAAUCCUAGUUUUGUUCAAUUGCAUCUUAACCAUGCUACUGAAAACAAUAACUUCAGCCUGAUGAUCGAAGGGUCAAAAGGAUUGUACUCGGUGGAUAAUUACUGCGACUCAUUAUCAUCAACGCCAUGUUACGAGGCUUCUCGGGUUGAUUACCCGUUCAAAUCUUCGAAGUACGCCGUUAGUAUUUUGGGUUCAGCGAAUGGCUUGUUAUGUAUAAAUCCAGCAGAAAACGUGAUUUGCAUUUGGAACCCAUCUACUCAAGAAAGCAAGAUAUUACCAUCCGAAGUCUCGGGGAAUUUAAACACAGAUGCCUUGUGUAGCUUUUCCGCCCCCACAUAUGGUUUUGGUUAUGACCGCGGAACUGUGGAUUACAAAUUGGUUAAAGUUGUGCGAUUUCUGACUUGUAAGCAUGGAGAUGGUUACAAUGUCUCGGUUUAUUCUUUAAAAUCGAAUUCAUGGAAAAGCAUAGUAAACACCCUUUCUUACCGUCGAUUCAGUACGCUGCCAGGUGUGUUUGUAAAUGGUGCUCUUCACUGGAUAGCUACUACGCGACGAUCAACUGCUUCUAUAGUUUCUUUUGAUAUUAGGGAUGAGAUAUUCGCUGAAGUACCACUGCCUCCACGUCUGGAUCACGACGGGAAUGCUGUAAGUGUGGGUGUAUUGGGAGGGUGUCUUUCGAUGCUCAGUGAUAAUUGUUUUCUUGACAGAAUUGGUGUGUGGGUGAUGAAGGACUAUCAGGUUAAGGAGUCUUGGACUAAACUCUACAGCAUCAGUGUCCAGAAAACAGUUCUCUUCCGUUCUUUUCAUGACUUGAAGCUGAUAAGUUAUGUCAAAACCGGGGAAUUCCUAUUUGAGAAGGAUUGCUCUGUCUUUGUACUGUAUAAUCCAACUGCAGAAAGUGCUAGAAUCUUGAAGAUUUAUGGUGCCCGGAAAGAGUUCGUAACAGAGACUUACAUUGGCAGUUUAAUUUCACCCAACUUAAUCGAUUCAUGA